AUGGAGCUCUUCUCCUGCCUCAUGGCUCUCCUGCUUUUCCUCCUCCAGGCUGUUCCAGGUCUCGGCUUGCCCAGGGACACCUCCCGUUGUCUGGAAUACCACGGCUACUGCUUCCACCUGAAAUCCUGCCCGGAGCCCUUCGCUGCCUUUGGGACCUGCUAUCGGCGCCGCAGGACCUGCUGUGUUGACACCACGUCCAACUUCCAUAUCUGCCAGGAUGAGGGGGGCCAUUGUGUGCCCCCAGAAAUCAGAUGUCUGCAGGAGCAGGAGGGGCUCUGCCCUCGCAGGGGAUGGAAGUGCUGCACAGAAGCGUGA